CACCGCCCAUUUAGAACUCAACUGGAUGAUCUGGUUGGUCCUUUUUCUUAGCUGCAGUCACACAUCUGCUUCCUUUGUGCCGGACGGUAGCUAACAAGAGGAGAGGCCUCUGUCAUCCUCCAUCAUGCUCUCAAAUAAGAAAGACCCAGGCUCUUCCUCCUCCUCUUCCUCUUCCUCAGGAGGGAACGGGGCUGAUCGGGCCCUGGAGACCUCUGCGGGCUCCCAGUCGGUAGCUCCGACAGGUUCUUCUGCUUCUUCCGCAGACGUGAAGAAGAAAGAAAGGGCCUCCCCUAGCGGAGAGGCGAGCGGACCACCGCUGCCUCACCUACCCGGCUCGGCAGGAGCGGAUCAGGACUCGGCCGAAGGGCGCAGGACCAGCCGGCGCAAGAGAGCCAAACAGGUGGAGUACAGGGAGAUGGACGAGAGCCUGGCGAACCUGUCGGAGGACGAGUACUACUCGGAGGAGGAGAGGAACGCUAAAGCGGAGAAAGAACGAAAGCAGGUGGUCCCUCCACCUGCUCCACCUGUGGAGGAGGAAAACGACAGUGAGCCAGAGGAGCCCUCGGGUUUAGAGGGCGCAGCCUUUCAGAGUCGCCUCCCACAUGAUCGAAUGACAUCACAGGAAGCAGCGUGUUUCCCUGACAUCAUCAGCGGGCCACAGCAGACUCAGAAGGUCUUCCUGUACAUCAGGAACCGCACGCUCCAGCUCUGGUUGGAUAACCCAAAGGUCCAGCUCACGUUUGAGUCUACAGUCCAACAGCUGGAGGCACCUUACAACAGUGAUGCUGGCCUAGUUCACAGAAUCCACAGCUACCUGGAGAGGCAUGGCCUCAUCAACUUUGGCAUCUACAAGAGAGUCAAACCUCUACCAAGUAAGAAGACAGGGAAGGUGAUUGUGAUUGGGGGAGGAGUGUCUGGUCUGGCGGCUGCGAGGCAGCUGCAGAGCUUCGGCAUGGACGUCACUGUGCUGGAAGCCAGGGAUCGUGUUGGAGGAAGAGUGGCCACCUUUCGUAAAGGCAAUUACGUAGCAGACCUGGGAGCAAUGGUGGUUACAGGCCUAGGUGGAAACCCUAUGGCUGUUAUCAGUAAGCAAGUGAAUAUGGAACUGGCCAAGAUUAAACAGAAGUGUCCCCUCUAUGAGGCCAAUGGCCAGGCUGGAGAGCGAUGCACAAGUGUUCCUAAGGAGAAGGAUGAGAUGGUGGAGCAAGAGUUUAACAGGCUUCUGGAGGCCACGUCCUAUCUCAGCCACCAACUUGACUUCAACUUCCUCAAUAACAAACCUGUGUCUCUUGGCCAAGCCUUGGAAGUGGUCAUACAGCUGCAGGAGAAGCAUGUGAAGGAUGAGCAGAUCGAGCACUGGAAGAAGAUCGUAAAGACGCAGGAGGAGCUUAAAGACCUGCUUAAUAAGAUGGUGUCCACUAAGGAGAAAGUAAAGGAGCUGCAUCAACAGUAUAAAGAGGCGAGUGAGGUGAAGCCUCCCAGGGACAUCACGGCCGAGUUCCUGGUCAAGAGCAAACAUCGUGAUCUUACCGCCCUCUGCAAGGAAUAUGAUGCAUUGGCUGAGCAGCAGGUGAAACUUGAGGAGAGAUUGCAAGAGCUGGAGGCUAAUCCACCCAGCGACGUGUAUCUGUCCUCAAGAGACAGACAGAUUCUGGACUGGCACUUUGCAAACCUGGAGUUUGCCAACGCCACACCUCUGUCUACACUCUCACUCAAACACUGGGAUCAGGACGAUGAUUUUGAGUUCACAGGGAGUCACCUGACCGUGAGGAAUGGCUACUCGUGUGUUCCGGUGGCGCUGGCCGAGGGUUUGGACAUCAAACUUAACACAGCUGUGCGUCAGGUGCGCUACACCUCCUCAGGUUGUGAGGUGAUAGCCGUGAACACACGCUCAACCACGCAGACAUUUAUCUAUAAAUGUGAUGCGGUGCUGUGUACGCUUCCUCUGGGAGUGAUGAAGCAGCAGCCACCCGCGGUACAGUUUGUGCCUCCGCUGCCCGAGUGGAAGACGUCUGCUAUUCAGAGGAUGGGUUUCGGCAACCUCAACAAGGUGGUGCUGUGUUUCGACCGUGUGUUUUGGGACCCAAGCGUGAACCUGUUCGGUCACGUAGGGAGCACCACAGCCAGCCGUGGAGAGCUCUUCCUUUUCUGGAACCUCUACAAAGCCCCCAUUCUGCUGGCGCUAAUGGCCGGAGAGGCUGCAGGAAUUAUGGAGAACAUCAGCGAUGAUGUCAUCGUGGGACGUUGCCUAGCGAUCCUAAAAGGAAUCUUCGGUAGCAGUGCAGUUCCUCAGCCGAAAGAGACGGUGGUGACGCGAUGGCGUGCAGACCCCUGGGCUCGUGGCUCAUACUCUUACGUGGCAGCUGGUUCCUCUGGCAAUGACUAUGACCUCAUGGCCCAGCCAAUCACGCCUGGACCUGCAAUACCUGGGGCCUCACAGCCCGUUCCUCGACUCUUCUUCGCCGGGGAGCACACAAUCCGGAACUAUCCAGCGACGGUACACGGAGCUCUGCUGAGUGGCCUCAGGGAGGCAGGACGCAUCGCUGAUCAAUUUCUCGGAGCCAUGUACACAGUGCCACGGCAGAACACACCCGCUGCCAACCCCCAGCCCUCUCCCAGUGUGUAGACACACAAGUCUCAUCCAGCAUGUAGGAGCUCACAUGUAUACAUCCUCUUGUCCAGUUUACAGAAAAACCGACACACACACACACACACACACACACACACACACACACCUCUACAGCCCAGAACAGAACCACCCUACACUACUGGACAGUCUUUGAGUACACAGCCAGUCAGAAAGAGAGGCUUGUAUACUAAUAUUGAUGUAAUGUAAGUGAGAAGAUAUGAUGUCUAUUGUCUGUAUUGAACCCUCAAAGUGUGUGGGUGUGUGUUCUCUAAUUACUGGUCUCCAAAAGGAAGCUGGAGUUUAAAGGAAGCUCUACCUCUUCCUGAUGAUCAGCACUGGAAACGCAUCAUCGCAGGAGGAGUAGCCCCUUUUUACUUCUGAGAAUUUCCUGGAAUUUACCACAAUUUUCAGGAAUAAUUGUUACCUUGUUUGUGUGCUUUGCAGCUCGUUCCUCAACAAAGAACAGACUGGAAUGCACACAAAUACAUGCUGCAGCUUGAAUGCGGCAAACACACACACACACACACCACGAGCUGUUUGUCUGAUGAUUCAAACUACGGCUAGUGGAUUUCAACCCAGAAUACACACACACACACACACACACACACACACACUUUCUUACGGUCUGGAUACACCAUGAACUAAAACCAGCUCCAAAAAAACAAUGUUUUGCAAAGACGUCCAGUUGGAAUUGAUGGGAUUCCUGAAGCUUGUUGUCACAGUAGAUCCGUGUGAACUUCACUGUUUGGCUUUCAUUGCAGAUGUUUCUCCAAACCAACAUUAUAUCCAGUUAGACAAAAUGUGGUUCAGUUCAUCAGCACCGUCUGACAGAGCAUUAAAACAGAGUAUCAUAUGUUCAGAGAAAGAAUAUUUUCAGAAACACAAACAUGGACUGGAAUCAGAAUCGGAAAACCUUUGCACUGACUUUUGUUCUAUUUUUAUUAUUUCGAUGCCGAGAAAAAGUCCAAAUUCAUGUGAAAGCCUCUUCUGCUGUUCAUGAUCUUGGUCAACUGUUUAGAUUCGAAUGGAGAAAAAAUUGUUUGAAGUGUUGUUUUAAAUUUUUGUUGCAAAGUUAAUGAUUUUCAAGAAAUUGAAGCAGCUAGUUUGAACAGGUUUUUUUUUUUUUUUUGUUUAUAUAUUUGUCAUUAUAGCCUAGGUUUUAUAUUUUGUCAGAAUUUGGUAUUAAAUGAAGAAAAGAAAGGCCGA